UUUCUUUUUUACUGUUGUAUCCUCUUUGCUCAGUGCGCGAAAUAAAGCACUCGACAAACAUUAUUUUCUUUUUCUUUUUUUCUCUUUUUUUUUUCUUUUCUGUUUUGCAAAUUCUUUAUUUUUCGAAGUGCAAGUCACCUUACCGUUGGAUGUCGCCACAUGUAUUGGUAGUGUAAAUAUGAAUUAAUCAUAGCUAAGAUAACACAUACGAUUUAACAUUCAGAUUAUGAAAGGAAAGCACAGGAAAAAAUAUCAUGUUGAACACGACUUUGUUUUCUAAACUACUCCCUCCUUCCCACAAUAUAAGACGUUUUUGCAAGUGUUAUAUUAUGGGACGGAGGGAGUAGUUUAUACUUCUUAAUUCUAUCGUCCCAAUGAUUUUGGCACAUACUUUGGUUUAUUUUAACAGAUUAGGUUUCUGCUUUGCUAUCUGUUGCUAGCGAAUUAACAAUUUUGCUGGUUUACAAAAUUACUUGCCCGCAGGUCCAAGCUAUUGAUGACGACCAGUAAACUACAUUAAGUGCUUUGUUCUCAGUCCGCUGGAAACAUAAGGGCGACGAGGGCAUGCUUAGUACUACUAUUCAAAUAUGGAGGGCAAACGUGUCAUUUCGUUCUUUGCAGACCUCUAUAUAACAGAGGAAAGAUCAGCUUACAAUUUAUCCACACAACACAUUCGCACAACCAAAUAUAUGCAAGCCUUCUCUGAUCUUCACUAGUAAGGUGCUUCCACGAUGGCCGCCCAGAACUACGGUGAAUUGUACAACAUCCUCGGCUGGGGCGAACCCUACUUCACCGUGAACAGGGAGGGCCACCUGUGUGUCAAGACCCACGGCCACGAGACGAAGCCAGGGCAAGAGAUAGACGUGGUGUCCGUAGCUGAAGCUGCAAAGGAGAAGGGCGUCCAAUUCCCCAUGAUCCUCCGCUUCCCCGACGUGCUCAAGCACCGCCUCGACUCGCUCCACGUCGCAUUCGAGAAGGCCAUCAAGCACACCGGGUACACGGCGCCAUAUCAGGGCGUGUACCCAGUGAAGGUGAACCAGAACAGGGCCAUCAUCAACGACUUUGUUAGCUUUGGCCACCGUCACAGCUACGGGCUGGAGGCGGGCUCCAAGCCAGAAUUGCUCAUCGCAAUGAGCUACCUUACCAAAGCCAAGCCUGGAGCCUUCCUGGUAUGCAAUGGGUACAAGGACGCGGAGUACGUGGCGCUGGCGCUGUCGGCGCGUGCAAUGGGCCUGAAUGUCAUCAUCGUGUUGGAGAUGGAGGAGGAGCUGGACAUCAUCAUCGAGCAAAGCAGCAAGCUCGGGGUGGAGCCGGUGGUGGGCGUGCGUGCCAAGCUGCUCACCAAGAUACCAGGCCACUUCGGGUCGACGGCCGGCAAGCACGGCAAGUUCGGCCUGCUUGCCGACAAGAUCUACGAGGUGGCCAAGAAGCUCAAGGAUCUCAACAAGCUGCACUGGCUCAAGUUGCUGCAUUUCCACAUCGGCUCCAUGAUCCCGACCACGGACAUAGUGUCUAGUGCAGCCAGGGAGGCCUCCGGCAUCUACUGCACCCUGGUAAAGCAGUAUGGCGCGGAUAUGACCACGCUGGACUGCGGCGGGGGGCUCGGCGUCGACUACGACGGCACCCGAUCAGGAAGCUCCGACAUGUCGGUGGCGUACGGACUGGAGGAGUACGCGUCCAGCAUUGUGCAGGCUGUGCGGCUCACGUGCGAGUACAAUGGCGGCAUCCCCCACCCUGUGUUGUGCACCGAGAGCGGCCGCGCCAUGGUGUCGCACCACUCGAUGAUCAUCCUCGAGGCCCUCUCGGCGAUCCCAGAGCCCAAGGACGACGAGACCCCCGAGCAGCUGCACAGCAAGAUCCAGCGUCUCUCCUCCAAUCCGCCGCCGCCGAGAGCACUCAUGGCCACGGACCUCCAGAAGCAUGCCACGGACAUCCAGAAGCACGGGGUGGAGAUGUACAAGCUGGCCAAGAAGCUCGCCAAGCGGAUCGCCGGCGACGCCAACACCAUCUACAACUACCACAUGAACCUCUCCAUCUUCUCGCUGGUUCCCGACUUCUGGGGCAUCAAGCACCUCUUCCCGAUGAUGCCGGCGAGCCGGCUCAACGAGAAGCCGACUCAAAUGGGCACGCUCAUCGACAUCACCUGCGAUAGUGACGGCAAGAUUGACAAGUUCAUAGGCAAUGCCGAGACGCUGCCGUUGCACCCGCUGGACCCUGAGAGUGGCGGCUACUACGUGGCCGUGCUCCUCUCCGGCGCCUACCAGGAAGCCCUUUCUUGCAAGCACAACCUGUUCGGUGGCCCAAGCAUAGUGCGGGUCAAGAAUAGCACCGGCGGCGGCAUCGUUGGUGGCGGUGGUGGCUUCGACAUCGCCACAGCCGAUAGCGGCCCGACGACGGAGGAGCUCAUCAGCACCGUGGGGUACGACGUCAAGGAGGACAUUCGCGGCGUGAUCGAACAGCGCGCCAGGGAGAAGGGCGUGUGGGAGAAGGUGGGGGCGUUCGUGCACGCCGGGCUUACCUCCAUGCCCUACCUCGUCGAAUACAAGGUCCCACGAACCGCCUAAUUCCAUCGUCACUCCUAUUCCCCACACUAGUAUUCCUCUUCUCCACACCUUUUUUGGCUUCAAAUAAGCGUAGCCUGCCUGCCUGAUUCGUACGUGUUGGACAGGCUUUGGGUUGCGCCAUUCCACACCGUGCUUUGCUCUUUUCUAUCGACGACGACUAAAUAAAGUUCAUCUCCCGUUCUCAUUUUUAAGUCCUAUUUAUGUUAAGAAAAAUAAAUAAAGGUUGUAACAACUAAAUAAUGUUCAUCUCCCAGUCUCAAAGUUGUAUCUUACCUUUGUACUUCUAUAUAUUUAUUUAAGUUAAGAAGAAUAA